CAGGGAGGACCCCGUGGCCCUGGCCCGGCGCCUUUUCCGCCUGGACGGGGUCAGGAAGAGCCAGGUGGCCUCGUUCCUGCGCAAGGACACGGAGUUCAGCUCGCGGGUGGCGCGGGAGUACCUGGAGCUCUUCCAGUUCCAGGGGAUGAGCCUGGAGCAGGCCCUGAGGCAGUUCCUGCGGGCCCUGGUGCUCUCGGGGGAGACUCAGGAGCGCGAGCGAGUCCUGGGGCACUUCUCGAGCCGCUUCCACCGCUGCAACCCCGGGGCCUUUCCUUCUGCUGACUCCGUUCACGCCCUCACCUGCGCCCUGAUGCUGCUCAACACCGACCUGCACGGCCAGCGCCUGGGCCGGGCCAUGAGCAGCUCCGAGUUCGUGACCAACCUGAGCGGGAUGAUGGACGGCCAGGACUUCCCCCGGGAGCAGCUCAAGGCUCUGUACGGCUCCAUCCGCAGCCGGAAACUGGAGUGGGCAACGGACGAUGAGGACGAGCCCGGAGCCGAUUCCCAAAAGCCCAAAAAAGCCCCGAAAUUCCCAAAUCCCGAAAUUCCCCCGGAGCUCCUGGGGGGCUCCGGCCCCGCCCGCAGGGGGGUCCUGGCCAGGAAGGUCCUGGCAGAGAGCGACGGCAAAAAGGCUCCCUGGGGCCGGCGGGGCUGGAAGCGUUUCAGGGCCGAGCUGCGGGGGCCCCUCCUGGUGCUGCAGAGGGACCCCCCCGAGGGCCCCCAGGAGGUUUUGGGGCUGCCCCACGCCCUGGCCCGGCCCCACCCCAAAUACACCAAGCGCCCCAACGUGUUCCUGCUGCGCACCGCGGACCGGCGCGAGUUCCUGUGCCAGGCCCCGAGCCCCCUGGAGCUGUCCCAGUGGGUGUUUGGGAUCAAUGUGGCCGCCGCCCUCUCGUCCUCGCCGCCGUUCCCCGCGGCCGUCGGCUCCCGGCGCCGCUUCGUGAGACCCAUCCUGCCCUCGGCGCCCAGCCGCUGCCCCCCGGAGCAGCAGCAGUGCCAGCUGCGCCGCUGGCUGGGCACGGUGACGUGCCAGCUCCUGGAGCACCAGCGGCUGCUGCCCGAGGGACGGGCACGGGAGCAGGAGGAGCACCGGGCACACGGGGACUUCCUGAGGGACGAGCGGCAGCGCUGCCUCACCUACGUGCAGGCGCUGGGGACGUGGCUGCGCGGGGACAGCGGGGCCAGCGCCGCCCUCGGGGACAGCGCGGAGCUCGGGGACAUCCCCGAGGGUCCCCACGUCCCCGCGCCGCUCACCAAGUGCCACUCGAGUCCCUCGCUGGCCCCGGAGCCGCCCCUGGGCCGCGUGCGGCGCCACAUCUCGGAGCGCAGGGCCACCCGCGUCACCGUCCCCAAGCGCCACCGCGACCGCCCGUGACACCGGGACUGUCCCUGUCACUGUCCCCAGUGUCACCGGGACUGUCCCCAGUGUCACCGGGACUGUCCCCAGUGUCACCGGGACUGUCCCCAGUGUCCCUGCCACAUCCCGGGGCGCAGGGCCACCCGUGUCCGCCUGUGACAGGCCUGGGUUGUCCCCCAGGAUUGUCCCCAAGUGCCACCCGCACACAAAGUGCCACCCCUGCGACAGGGACAGCCCGAAGUGCCACCCCAGGGACAC